UGCCAUUGGUGACCUCUCCUCAGCUGCCGAUACACACUUUUUUUCCUAUCCAAUCUGCAAGAAGCCUUCAAAUAAUAGCAUUACUGUACUUCCCUAAGUCUGGAUUUCUCUACCCCAAAGCAGCUCGGGGAGACUCAGUCACCGAGUGGCACAAGCAGCGCCGUGAACCAGCACUCGACCUCCACGUGUUGGAGACCGAUAAAGGGAGAUGGCCCAAAAGAUAACUGCUCGCUCUGCUUAGAGAGAAGCUGGAGACUUUGGGGUCCCCAAGAUAACCCAAAAUCCCCCACAAGCCGGGCCCCCGCGCCCCGCAGCCGGGCUGGGAGCACAGACAGGAACCGGGGCUCGGCUGCAGCUGCAACGUUUCCUGUUUUACAGAGCGAGAAAAAGAGUGAGAGCAGCAAAAUGAGGUGGUUGGCACGAAGAUGGCAGUUGGAGCGUGUUCGUGCCCGAUAGCCCCCCGCUCACCCCACUCCUCCACAGCAGUCGAGAGGUAGGACGGGACCCCCCAGGCCGGGUAAGUGCCCGCAGCGCCGGGGCUGAUGAAGGACGGAGGGGAGCCGAGGCUGCCGUGCUAAAGGCAGCACCCGUGCACCUUUUUUCCUCUUUUUUCACCCCGCUUUCAGCCUACUUGAUUGACACCGGGAGGCUGUAACAUGAACCAGCAAGAAGCAUUUUCUUUUUUUUUUUUUUUUUUUUUUUUUGUUUCCCUUGAAGCAAGAAGUGUAACAGCUUGGAAAGCAAAGCUAAAGGACAUGUUUGUUAAUUAGAGAGGAAAAUUUGGGGUAACAGAAGGAGGAAAUAAGAGUAUUAGAUUGUCAAGAAGGCCUCUACAGUUUGCUCAGCUUGGGGACAGAGGACCCCAGAGCAGCUGGGGCGGUCGCAGACCAGCCGAGCUGUGCCCAACAUGAUCAGCCAGCCCGAGAAGGCACGGCCGCGGCACAGGCACGCGAGCGAGAGCUACGAUGAGAAGUGCGAGCGGCGGCACGAGACGCGGGAGAACCUGCGGCGACGGAACAACGUGACGACCUGCCGCCACCUCGGGAGGGGAGCGGAGGGGCCGCCGCAGAGCCCCCGGCAAAGGGAGUUCCUGAGGAGGAGAAACCUGGCCAGCGACGCUGGAAGGACACGGCCCGGACAGGAGCUGCCCCAGGAUGGCUCCUUGCGGGUGGAUCCAAGGCCGCCCGUGCUGCUCCAGCACCAGUGGAGCUGCCCCGUGUUUCCCCCUGCACCCUCCCUGCUCAGCCUCAGCGUCCCCUUCAGCAUUUCAGCAGAAGCCAUCCCCAGGCGAGGUGCCUCUUUCAACACCCAAGGAACCCAGACCCCUACAAAUCCAAACGCAGGAGCAAAAGACUCGAGCCAGCAGACAGAUUGUGGAAUAGCAGUUUUAAAUAAGGAAAUGGUGCAGCUGUCCAACUACCUGAAGGAGGCCCUGCACCGUGAGCUGCUGCUCAAGCAGAAGAUGGUGAUUUUGCAGGAGCUUCUCUCCACGCUGCUGCAAGCAUCAGAAAAAUCCUGGCAGGGCCAGCUGAACGAGGAUAAACUGAAGUGUAAACUAAGGGCACUUGAAAAUCAGCUGCAGGCCUGCACCCAGAGUUACUCAAAGGAGUGUGUGAAAAAGAUCCUGAUAGAGAUGGAGGACCAGAAGCAGACCUACGAGCAGAAGGCUAAAGAGGCUCUUCAGAAGAUGCUGGAGGAUAAACUCCAAACAGAGCAGCAGCUGCAAAACUCCCAAAGAAGCCUGGCAGCGAUGAGAGAGGACCUUGCCUUCUGGCAAGAGCACUACACCACGCUCAAAGCCGAAUUGAGCAAGAUGACCACGGCACACACCGAGCUCGAGAACAGCUUCCACAUUCUGCAAAGCGAACUGCAGCGAGCAGACGCGCAGGGCGAGCAGCUCCGGCGAGCCCUGCACAGCCUGCAGAGCGAGCACGCCGCGCUCCACCAGCAAGCCAGCGCCUUGCGGGAGGACAACGACCAGAAGGCUCGGCACAUCGGCGCCAUCAAAGAUAAACUGCAAGAAGAACAAAAUCAGAAGGUAACACUGGAGGCAACAAUCAGCCAUUUGCACAACUUGAUACAGAACCAGGCCAACGAACAGAAGACCCAGGAGGUGACGGUGCAAAGGAAAGACCAGGUUUUCACCACGCAGACCCCACCUCUCACUCCUGACACGGAAAAACAAAAUGCUCUGUUAGAGCACCCUGAGGAGGGAGAAGAAAGUCUGAAGGAUGAGAUGCAGAGAAGGACAUCCCAGCUUACAGCAAAGGAGAACGAGGUACAUACGGACGUAGAGGUAGCAGAAGCGAAAAUCCCCCAUCGCCGCAGCGCCUGUGCGUGGGCGAAGCGCUGCAGCUGCUGCGGGAGCCCUGCCGCCCUCGGUGCGUACACGAGUGGGGGGAUCCCUCCUGCUAACGGCCCCUUGCUGUGCUUGCAGUGCAAGGAGCUGCGCUCGGAGCUGGAGGCCCUGAGCGAGGAGUACCGCUCCUGCCUGACCAGGCUGCGCCAGUGCCGGGACGAGCUCAACCGCUUCCAGAGCAAGCAGGCAAAGAGACAGCGCGGUCACUGGAUCCCUCUCCUGGUGGCAGUGAUAGCAAUGGCCAUAGCCACCUUCCUUGCAAGUUACAGACCAUGAAGGACCUUCUCGAUGACUGACUUCACGGCAGGAACUGACUUCUGCUUCACCGGCAGCAACGCACCCCCGCCGCACUGCACUGUCUGCUCUUUUGUACUUGCCUUUUGGUUCAUAUCCUGAGCUGGUCUCACUCCAAACUCCCGCAGCGCAAAUAAAUGCUGGGAGAUUGCUCCUUC